UACAGUACAGUAAUAUUCAUAUCCGUUGAUGGACUAAAUAAGACAAUACAACGGCGGUGUAUCAAAGAACAUAAUUCGCUUGAUCAAAAAUGAAUAUAACAGAUUGAUUUGGAAUUCUAACAGCUCUAGAUCUAGAGAUUUGUAUUAACCAUGCCAUUCACGUUAGUGCAAUCAGUCAAACCAAAGAGUGCUGGCAGUACAAAAUGCUGGAUUCCUAAUGCAGAGGAUGAAGGACUGAGAACAAUGGAACUAUUGAUGGAAGAGAAAAUAAGCCGACGUUUUCAAAAAUGGUGCCGUGCUUGCGUCAGUGAACAUUGUUGUCUGGAGAAUCAAAAUAAGCAGAAAAGAAAUACAUCAGAAGAGACUAUGCAAACCCGGCUUCAGGCAAUUAAGAAAAAACGAAAAGCUCUUGAAAGCUACCUGGACAUAGUAGAUCGCCUGAUCACUUCUUGCCAUUACGACAUUCUACACAAACGUUUUCAGCCCACAACUGAUAACCAGUUACCAGUUUGGCUUGCCGAGGUUUUGAGAGCACAGCUAAUUUUGCCUUUAGUGCCAACAUUUCCUACUUCAGCUUCUUCAUUCGCUGCUUUGUGUUCCAGUGCGGGUCUGUGUGCUGUUAAUAAAGAGCUGCAAGAAGAGUAUCUGAGAGAAGCUUCGUAUGCCAGACGAUUACAUUUAAGCAGUCCUAAAUCCAAAGUCAAGCGUGAGAACAUUUCAUUGAUUAAUGUUGCAGUACAAGAGGUAAUUACCGGAGGUCAAAACACAAGCGACGUCAAAAUCACAGAAACGUGUUCAAAUAAAACAGAAACAUAUUCUCAACUAAACUAUUCCACAGCUGCUAGUUUAACAUUAUUACAAAGCAAAUCUUCAGACUUUGUCAGUGGACAAUCAGCAUGUGAAAAGAUAAUGAAGUGGGUUGUUGAUUGCGGCUGUGAAGAUGCAAAGAUUACUGAAUGUGGGGAAGAGCGAGUAGUAAUACAAGGUCUAUUACUGGAGUCUGACCUGUCAACUGUGACUAGAGAUCCUGGUGGUCUAGCAUUUAAGUUGAUCUUGAUGGUUGGCGAUCGUUCUGAAAGCAGGAUGCAAAUCAAAGGAACUUUUUUCAGGAAAUCAACCAUUUCUAACUAUGAUCUGCGAUGGAAAUAUACAGUUGAUAUCUCCACUUUGUAGUUUUACAUGGAAAUACACAAUUGAUCUGUCCAUUUAAAAUUAUAUUUGACUUAAAUAUAUAGAGUUAAUAUUUUCACUUUAUAUUUGAUUUUAAUAUAUACAGUUGAUAUACUAAAUGUGUAUUUCUCAGAAUUUCUCCUCUUUCUCCUAAAACAUU